UCCAGGGUGUGCAGGGAGUCCAAAGUCACCAGAAGGAAGAAGAAAACCUGAAACAGCCAGAGCUGGCCAAGCCUGCUAGGACCUAUGCAAAUGAGACCCACCCAUGCUGCCUGGAAAUCAGGCCUGGGAAGUCAGAAAACAAAGCUCAUGUGUGCAGGGCUGCACGGACGGGUGGAGGAGGCUGCAGCUCUGAGGGGGCAGCAGCUCAACUCUUCAAAUUAUUCAAAUGACCCGUAGAGAAACAGAGAAAAGCCAGGUGUUUCUGUUUGAAGUGGAGAAGCAAGGCUGGAGUGCGCCUCCCUCCAACUCCCCGCUUGAACUCCCUAACGUUGAAGGGAUGGCCAACUCUAAGAUCUCAGCAGGCUGAUUGGCUGUGUGCUAAGAACAAAGCAGACGGCAGCAAGGACGACUCCCACGAGGCCUCCCCGUGUGUUGCUGAAGAUGGCUGAGCAGCAGGGCCGGGAGCUCGAGGCUGAGUGCCCCGUCUGCUGGAACCCCUUCAACAACACGUUCCAUACCCCCAAAAUGCUGGAUUGCUGCCACUCCUUCUGCGUGGAAUGCCUGGCCCACCUCAGCCUGGUGACCCCGGCCCGGCGCCGCCUGCUGUGCCCGCUCUGUCGCCAGCCCACGGUGCUGGCCUCAGGGCAGCCCGUCACUGACUUGCCCACGGACACUGCCAUGCUCACACUGCUCCGCCUGGAGCCCCACCAUGUCAUCCUGGAAGGCCGUCAGCUCUGCCUCAAGGACCAGCCCAAGAGCCGCUACUUCCUGCGCCAGCCUCGAGUCUACACACUGGACCUUGGCCCCCAGUCUGGGGGCCAGACUGGGCCACCCCCAGACACAGCCUCUGCCACCGUGCCUACGGCCAUCCCCAUCCCCAGCCACUACUCUGCGAGGGAGUGUUUCCGCAACCCUCAGUUCCGCAUCUUUGCCUACCUGAUGGCCGUCAUCCUCAGCGUCACUCUGCUGCUCAUCUUCUCCAUCUUUUGGACCAAGCAGUUCCUUUGGGGUGUGGGGUGAGCGCUGUUCCCAGACAAGAAACCAAGCGUUUCUCGGUUACUGCUGGGCAUGGUGACUGCGGAGCCUCAUUUGGUAUUGUCUUCCUUUGUAGUUUAUUUUACAAUCCAGGGGUUGGUUAGGCUAUGUGUUUGGUUCUGGGAACAAUUAAAAAAAAAACAAAACAAAACAAACAAAAAAAACUAACUAAAAGCUUGAAGGACUAGGAGAUGUGGUACGACCUCGGCCUCCGGGUGUGAGUGUGGCGUCAUGGAAGGGCAGAGAAGCAGUUCUGACCACAGAGCUACACACCGAGCUGUGCCAAAGGGUGGUACAAUGGCGUCCAGGAACCUGACUGGCUCAAAUAGCAAGUUUUGUUUCCCACUGGAGCUGCUUCAAACUCAGUGCAUAUUUUUUUUGAGUUGCUCUUCCUACUAUGGAUUGCUAAAAAAAAAAAAAAAAAAUUGGGAAGUGAGCUUCAAUUCUGUGGGUAAAUGUGUUUGUUUCUUUUCAGAUUUCUUUUUGGAUGUCUUGCCACCAGUUGCAGUAAAACUGUGCUGCAUUCAUUAA